AGGAAUAACGUAUGGGUAAAUGGUGAGAACCAAAGAACAGUUUAGCCCUCCGACACUUGAGUCUGGAAGAAUCUUAAGACUAAACCCGUAACUUACACGUGUCAUUUAAUGUAGCCUUCAAAUUUCAUUCCUGUUGUCUGCAACCCAAUUCUGAACAUCGCCGCCUUUGGCCUGAGCGCACAAAGUUUCCCACCAAGUUAGCGAGCGAAACCAGAGCCCUCUCUUCCAAUCCCCAACGCCUCAUCCUCUAAUCCACAAGCUGACCCUCUUCCUUCCCAAUGGACUCCAUCCCUUUGAACUGGGAAGCUCUCGAUGCCCUAAUCAUCGAUUUCGCCAGAUCAGAGAAUUUGAUUGAGGAUUCCUUUUCAUCCUCCCCACCUCCUUCUCCUUCCCCUUCCCCUUCCUCGCUUUCCUCCUCCUCUUACCACUCCAGGCUGAUCAUCCGCCAGAUCAGGCGCUCUUUGGAGGUCGGUGAUAUUGAUUGCGCCAUCGAUCUCCUCCGCCUUCAUGCACCCUUCAUUCUCGACGAUCAUAGGCUUCUUUUCCGGUUGCAGAAGCAGAAAUUUAUCGAGCUUUUGAGGAAAGGGACUGCAGAGGAUCGUGAUUUGGCCAUUCAAUGCCUCCGCACGGCGCUUGCUCCUUGUGCUCUUGAUGCAUACCCGGAAGCGUAUGAGGAGUUCAAGCAUGUUCUACUUGCCUUCAUUUAUGACAAGAAUAAUCAAACAUCCCCAGUAACAUAUGAGUGGUCUGAAAGGAGGAGAUUUGAUAUUGCUGGAUUAAUGUCCUCAGUCUUACGAGCUCAUAUGCAGGCAUAUGAUCCUGUCUUCUCAAUGACCUUGAGAUACUUGAUAAGCAUACAUAAAGGUUUUUGCUUUCAUGAAGGUGUGUCAUCUCCCAUAUCAGAUCUCACUGAGAGGUUGCUUCUAGAUGAACUUGAUCCGCCUGCCACACCCAAAGAGAGCCUGUAUGAAGCACCUCCAUUUGAUGAAGUGGACAUUCAAGCUCUUGCACAUGCUGUAGAGCUAACGAGACAGGGGGCUAUUGAUAGCUUGAGAUUCACCAAAGGUGAUUUGUUUCAUGCAUUCCAGAAUGAGUUGUGCCGGAUGAAAUUGGACCUUUCUGUUCUUGAUGAGCUUGUUCGUGAGUACUGCAUCUACAGAGGAAUUGUGGACUCUGGUUCUGGAGCUCUCUCUGGGAUGCAGAAUCUCUCUAGCUCAUCAAAAGUUAAUCAAUCAGAGCUGGAGUAUUGUUCAUCUAGGAAUACUUCUUUUGAAGUGGAUUAUGCAACCGGUAAACUUUCGGAUGGUGAAAUUUCUGUCAGUAAUUCUCGUGUGGAUAGUUCUCCUGAAAAUAUUGCUGACGUGACAAGCUCACAAGGUAACAAUGAGGUUGAGUUACGAUAUGCAUCGGAGCCAACGUCCAAUCGAGAAGAUUGUAGCACUAGUGAUUCAAUUCAUGUGGGAAAUUCAAGAACAUUACAAGCAAACAAGAAUCGUGGGAUUGUAGAAAGGAGCAAGCGUAAGAGAUGGAGAGGAAGACACGAUGAUAGAGAACUUCAUGAUGUGUCUUACAGUGGAUGCAGUAAAGCAGAACUUAGCACUAUAACAGUGGCCAGUACGACCAUGUCUAAGGAACAGCAGGUAGAUCCAUUUAAGGUGCAAUAUGUUAUUCUUCAGUGGUCUGAACAGGGUGGAACUCUGAAUUGCAUUCAGUUUUUCUGUCUGAAAGUGCAUUUUCUUUUGUUUCAGUGGUCUGAAAGGAGGAGAUUUGAUAUUGCUGGAUUAAUGUCCUCAGUCUUACGAGCUCAUAUGCAGGCAUAUGAUCCUGUCUUCUCAAUGACCUUGAGAUACUUGAUAAGCAUACAUAAAGGUUUUUGCUUUCAUGAAGGUGUGUCAUCUCCCAUAUCAGAUCUCACUGAGAGGUUGCUUCUAGAUGAACUUGAUCCGCCUGCCACACCCAAAGAGAGCCUGUAUGAAGCACCUCCAUUUGAUGAAGUGGACAUUCAAGCUCUUGCACAUGCUGUAGAGCUAACGAGACAGGGGGCUAUUGAUAGCUUGAGAUUCACCAAAGGUGAUUUGUUUCAUGCAUUCCAGAAUGAGUUGUGCCGGAUGAAAUUGGACCUUUCUGUUCUUGAUGAGCUUGUUCGUGAGUACUGCAUCUACAGAGGAAUUGUGGACUCUGGUUCUGGAGCUCUCUCUGGGAUGCAGAAUCUCUCUAGCUCAUCAAAAGUUAAUCAAUCAGAGCUGGAGUAUUGUUCAUCUAGGAAUACUUCUUUUGAAGUGGAUUAUGCAACCGGUAAACUUUCGGAUGGUGAAAUUUCUGUCAGUAAUUCUCGUGUGGAUAGUUCUCCUGAAAAUAUUGCUGACGUGACAAGCUCACAAGGUAACAAUGAGGUUGAGUUACGAUAUGCAUCGGAGCCAACGUCCAAUCGAGAAGAUUGUAGCACUAGUGAUUCAAUUCAUGUGGGAAAUUCAAGAACAUUACAAGCAAACAAGAAUCGUGGGAUUGUAGAAAGGAGCAAGCGUAAGAGAUGGAGAGGAAGACACGAUGAUAGAGAACUUCAUGAUGUGUCUUACAGUGGAUGCAGUAAAGCAGAACUUAGCACUAUAACAGUGGCCAGUACGACCAUGUCUAAGGAACAGCAGAACCUUGAAAAACAUAUACCGAUAGACUCUACUGGCAAGGAGGAUAAAUAUGAGAUUGUCUUGGGGAUUAGGGAACUGGCUAGUAAAAGGUUGGCUGCAGAGGUUGUGGAAGAAAUUAACGCCCUGGAUCCGAACUUUUUUGUACAAAAUCCUAUUUUCUUAUUCCAACUUAAGCAGGUUGAAUUUUUGAAGCUGGUUAGUUCUGGUGAUUAUUCUAGUGCUUUGAGGGUCGCAUGCACUCACUUAGGCCCAUUAGCUGCUAAUGAGCCUUCCUUGUUGAAGCAAUUAAAGGAGACCUUAUUGGCUUUGCUCCUGCCUAACGAAGAUUUUCUUGGGAAAGGCUUCCCUGUGAAUGCUCUUGCUAAUUCUCUUCAGGUUGCUUUUGGUAGGAGACUAGGUAUUGAAGAACCCCGACUAAUGAAGUUGAUGAGAGCCACAGUUCACUCUCAUAGUGAAUGGUUUAAACUUCAAAUGUGCAAGGAUCGGUUCGAAAGUCUUCUGAAGAUUGAUUCCUUGAAGGAAGUUAAUCUGCCUUCGCUUUCUACUUCUGGUGCGCUGUUGAAAUCAAAUUCAGAUAGUUGCAUCCAUGGUUCUUCCCAAGUGGCAAAAUCUUCGGCUGCAAGAACCUCGGAAGAUGGUAGCAGUCCUAUCCAAGCAUCAUCGAUGGAUGCUGGUGAUGAAAAUGCAAUACUUAAAGUCAUGGAGUUUCUUGCUUUGCCCAGGGCUGAUGCCAUCCAUCUUCUUGCACAGUAUAAUGGAAAUGCAGAGAUGGUCAUCCAGCAAAUAUUUGCUUAAAUUGACGUGUAAAAAGCUGUAGCUGUAUGAUGAGGUUCAUUUGUUUAUUAUUUGUCUAACAUUAUUUCAUUCAUUUUGUGUACUUUACAUGUCGUAUACCAUCUUCAUAUAUGCUAGAGCUCCAAUGUAUAAAGAGUCCGUAAAAAAGUUAGUAUUCCUGAUGUUCUCUUAUUAUAUUUAUGGGUGGUGAAUGUGUAGUGCAGUCGAGUAGAUCGGGAGUAUAUAAGUAGGAGUCAAAUGUGCAUAAGAAUGGAUUUCGAUCAUACGAAUUGUAAAUUAGAUGCUAUGUAUUCAAUUACAUAUAUUUGUUUUGUCGUGAGAA